UUGUCACAUGAUUAACAUAUGACGUCACGUGUACUAUCACACUGACGACUCGGGAUAUUUCGUCUUAGUUCUCAGGAGUUUAGAAAAUAACAGACACACAUAUAUAUAUACAUAUAUAUUUACAUCUAUGUUAUAUAUACCAUGCUGAAAUUGCCACUUAUAGCUCCGUCUGAGAUGCGUUCAUGAUGGGAUCUAAAUCAAAACUAUUGAAAGUAGUUUUACUUGGAGAUGGAGGUGUUGGUAAAAGUUCCUUGAUGAACCGUUUUGUAAGCAACAAAUUUGAUACUCAGUCAUUCCAUACCAUUGGCGUAGAAUUUCUAAAUAAAGAGAUCUCAAUUGGUUCUGAAAGUUACACCAUGCAAAUUUGGGAUACUGCUGGUCAAGAAAGAUUUAAAAGCUUACGGACACCAUUUUAUCGUGGUGCUGAUUGUUGUCUGCUGACGUAUGCUGUUGAUGAUGUAAAAAGUUUUGAAAAUGUUUCAAUGUGGAAGAAAGAAUUUCUCUAUUAUGCUGAUAUUGAUGAUGAAAGCACAUUUCCUUUUGUAGUUAUUGGCAACAAAAUAGAUGUUGGACAAAGACUGGUUUCUUAUAAUACUGCCAGUGAAUGGUGUGAGAAAAAUGGGCACGUUCCAUACUUUGAGACCAGUGCAAAAGAUUCCACUAAUGUUGAAGUUGCAUUCACAGCUGCUGUGAAGCGAUUAAAAGACCUUGAAGAUAAAUGUGCUGAAGUAAAGCCCUCCCAUGGAAAUACAGUUGACUUGAACAAGAAGAAAGAAUCUCAGUCCACUGGUUGUUGUAACUGAGGAUAUUUUGAUAAAGGUUUUGUGCUGUUAACGGCACUUUACCCUUUCACUCUAUUAUCAUUGUCUGUGACCAAGAAAUAAAAUUUUAAAUCAUUUUUAUUGUAUGUAUAUAAGUAUAUAUGUUUAUAUAAUUCUCAGUAUCUAUCAGUGAUAUUUUUCUUUAUGCACUAGCUCUAAUAUACAUGUUAUGAAAAACCUAUUGUAAUGGCAAGUUUAAUUAACUUGAUUAAACAUUUUAUGUAACUGACAUCUCAAUAUGUUCUGGGUGUUAUAUAUACUUUAGGAGAUUAUAGUUUAGUAUUAUACAAUUAAAUAUAAUGCAAUAAGUUUUUUUGUUUUCUGCUAUUGCCAUAUUUUAAUCAUUAUUUAUUGCUGAUAUUUAGGCAGAGCCAUCUCAGUUUGUCACACAUUCAUCAUAGUAUGUUGCUCAUCAUCAUAGUACUGUGAAAUGAUCCCAACAUUGUUUUAAUGUUAAUCUCAAUAAUCAUUUGCUAUAAAAGAUCUUUUAAUUGUAAAUAUAAGCAAAAAUAUUGUUAAAGCUGCUUCAAAAUAAGAUUCAUUACAAUAACCCUUUUCAAUUGUAUAGAUGUUAUGUAUGCCUUAGAUAUAUGUAUCUUUAUAUCCUUUUCAUGAAAUACAUAGUACUUAAAUUUAAUUUUCGAUAAAUUUUGGUUUUUCAUGAUUUUCUUUCUAAUUUGAUUUCAAGCCUAGUUAAAAAUCUGUAUACUUCUUUUUGUUUUAAAAAGAACAGAUUUUGAAAGUGAUACUACAUAAAUAUGUCAUUAGGUGUUAUAUCAAGAUUUAAAAAGAAAAAACAAUUUCUUUGUUUCGUGUAUAUUUUUAUAUUAAAAGAAAUUUUAGUUUUUUUUUUUUUUCUUUUUAAAUGAAUUUUGUUUUAAAGAAAGCUGGUUUAAUUCAGAAAACUAAGAAUUUUUUAUUUGAAAAUAUAUUAACUCCUCAUCCAAAGUAGAAGUAUUUUAAAAUUGAUGCAGUUACAUGCAUGUUGUUUUGGCAAAAACCUUUAAUGCAGAUCCAUGUAAGCUAUUCCAUGCCUCAAACCUGCCUGUGCUAUAAGAGAAAUAAUAAUUCCACAACUCCUGUGCAAAACUGGAUCUUGGAAUAAUAAAGCUGGGCCAUCAACCUAA